ACAGAUCAUAGUUAUGUUCACUCGGUGAGUGUGCUGCUAGAAACGGGUGUUAGUAUAUUUUGGCCAGCAGAACAUAUGGUAAUUUUUCAUUAAAACUACUACAUUCGCCAGUUUCCACAAUGGCCAUUAUAUUAAACUCACUGUUAGCUGACAUUGCAGUGGCCAUUGCCACUGGCUUUGUUAUGCUGUACGUUUACUACGCCAACAUCCACCAGUACUGGAAGAGACGAGGAGUUCACUACGUUAAGCCAACAAUGAUUUUUGGAAACUUGAGAGGGGUCUUCUUCCAGAAGGAGAACUUUGGAGAAGUUGUGUCUAGAGUAUACCAGAGUAACCCCAAUCAGCCUGCUAUCGGGAUAUUCGCAGGGAAAAAGCCCAUCCUAGUGGUCCGAGACCUGAACUUGGUUCGCAACGUGCUGGUGAAGGACGCGCAUGCUUUCCUGGACCGCCCAAUCGACACGAAAUAAAUCAGGACCCUGGGCGCCAGGAACCUCUUCGUCCUCAAGGGCAAGAGGUGGAGGCACAUGAGGGUCAAGCUAACACCCACCUUCACCUCCGGCAAGAUCAAGAACAUGUUCUAUUUGAUCAACAACUGUGGCAAGGAGUUGGUCAACUGCAUCGACAAAGAGAUGGCGAAAGGAAAAUCUGUUGUGGUGAAGGAUACCGUGGCCAGGUACUCCACUGACGUCAUAGCAUCGUGUGCUUUUGGAAUUAAUGCUAACGCACUUGCAGACCCAAAUUGUGAAUUCCGAGCAACCAUGAGGAAAGUGUUUGAACCUACUAAUUCCCAGAAGUUUGUUGGUUUGUUAUCAAUUUUUGCUCCAUGGCUACGCAAAAUUUACAGGAAGGAAUCCAUAAGCAACGAAAUAUUCGAAUACGUCCGAAGAACUUUCUGGGAUGUUGCGGAGCAUCGCAAGAAGAAUGGCGUUGCACGCAAAGAUUUUGUGGACAUCUUGAUGCAGAUCAAGCACGAGGGAGAGGUUCAAGCAGAGGAUUCAAAAGACGCAGAAGAAAUAAAGCAAGAUUCCAAGUAUAUAAAUUUGGGAAAAUUGAAAACAGAUAAGUCAGACAUCAAAUUAGAAGAUGAUGACUUCGCAGCCCAAGCUUUUGUUUUCAUAGUAGCUGGCUUUGAAACGUCAUCCUCGGUCAUAACAUUCGCUCUUUAUGAGCUGGCACGGAACCCUGCUAUCCAAGACCGACUAAGGCGAGAGAUACAAACAGUUCUCGACAAAAACAACUCUGAAGUAACAUACGAGGCCAUAGCAGAUAUGACUUACCUGGAGAUGGUUGUGUCAGAAACUCUACGCAAGUAUCCGACGGUACCUCAAGUGGAAAGAAGAUGCUUACAAGACUACAAAAUUCCAGGUUCUAAGAUUACCAUUGAAAAAGGAACUUACGUCACAAUCUCUGUGUUGGGCAUUCACUGGGACCCUGCCAUAUAUCCAGAACCAGAUAGGUUUGAUCCUGAAAGGUUCACACCGGAGAACAAGAGUAAAAGGCCCAGUUUCACACACAUUCCAUUUGGAGAAGGACCAAGAAUAUGCAUUGGUAUGAGGUUCGGCCAGAUGCAAGUGAAGACUGCCCUGGUGCACAUCCUGACGUCGUACCAGGUCCGGACCUGCGCCGAAACACCGCAACCACCACUCGGCAUAAAACCUUUUUCAGGUGUUAAUGCUCCUAAAAAGGACAUCGUGCUAGCUUUCUCAAAGUUGAUGUGAGUCCUAGGAAGGGAAAGUCCCUAGAUUGCAAGGAAACAGUAUUUUAUCCACAUACUUAGCUAAUGAACUUAUUCCUCUAUCAAACCAUACAAAAUCUCCAUUUACAGAAUACCUAACUGAACCAACAUGAAAAUUCUAUAUAAACCAUCAAAAUUAUUUUGAAGAACAUAAUAGUCCAGGGGCACACCUUAAAUAGUUUUGGGCGUAGAUAUUUCGCAAGUGUGGAAAUAUCGCAGUUAAUGAAGUAUUAGGUAGAAUUCCAAAGUGAACUGCAGUUUUCUCCACUACCAUUUAUUUUUACUAAGCGAGUUAGCACGAUAAGGCACUGCACUCGAACUUCAACGAAUCCGAAAUUCUGUUGGUCAUGCCAAAUCCUUUCUUGUAAAAUUUCUUAGUAUUGUGAUUCUGCAAUCAGAAACCGACAUAUACGUUCCUCGAGCUGGGCAAAGUUAUUUUCUAAGCGCCAGUCUCAUGUGU